UAAUUUUUUAAUUGAAUCAAAAAUGAUCAUAAAAAUAUAUUUUUUCAAUUUUCUUCUAUUUUGGACAAUUCAAUUUAAUACAACAAGCUGCAGACCAGCAAAUAAAGGAGAUUAUACUAAAUAUUUAUUUGAAAUAGUGAAUUAUAUUCGAUUUCAAGAUAAAAAUACUUCGAUGCAACAUUUAACAGACGGUUUAAUGGAAAAUUUUGAUUCAUUUCAAGACCUCGAUCUUCAAUUAAAUGAUGCAAAUUUUCCUAGAAUAUUUAAUGCUAUUAUUGAAUUACUUAUUUGUAGGUAUAUAAUUGUUCUGAAAAUUUUCCGUGAAAAUAUUGGUUUGAUAAUCCAUCAUUGCGAUAACUAUCAUUCAAAAAAACAAUAUUAUGAUUUUAUUUAUUGCAUUAUUACACUUGAUGACGCAUUAGAAAGUUCAAGGGCUUUAUUUGAAAAUCUUAAUAAUGUUAUGCAAUUUUUUAGUAAUUUAAAUAUAGGAUUGGCGUUUAAAAAGUAUGAAACAAGACAAAUAUUUAAUGAUGAACAGUUUAAAGUUAUUAAUAAACUUUCUUUUAUUGUUAAUUACAUUCAAACUAAAAGAAAAUUGGAUAUUCAUGAUUAUAUCGAUCAAAAUGGAAAUCCUCAAACUAUAAAAGCCUAUAAUGAUUUUGUAAGUGUUAAAUAUUUUCAAAAUGAUUUAACACCAAAAAUUGUAUUUAUUAUUAUUAAAAACAAUAGAUAUAACACUUGGCAGUAUAAAUUAGAGAAGAAUGAUAUCUAUGUUCAAGAAAUUUGUAAUGAGCUUAAAAUAUUUUAUAAUGAAGCUAUCUAUUUCGAAUACGUCAAUCUUGGUUUUCACAACUUACUACAUCCCACAACACCACGAUUUAUACCACCAAUAUAUGAUGUUUAUUCGAAUGAUCUCGGAAUCUGUGUUAUAAAUACACUAUUUGACGAAGGUUUUUGGGAAUUGUUAAUUCAUACAAGAAUUCGGGUGAACAAUCAAACUAAAGAUGUAAAUGAAAUACGACAUGUUACAGUAGAUAGAUUCAAUUUCCUUGGUAUAAAGCAAGACGUUAUACUAAUGUUGAAGUGUAGAUAUAGUGCAUUAUUAAAAAAUGUUUUUGCCUCAUUAGGUGCUAUGCAAUAUUUAUGUGAGUUAGAACAGAAGAAUUUUAAUAAUGAUAAUUUAAUUACUUGUGUAAAUACAUUGAAAAACACAAUACCAUCUGUUACAACUAUGUUAAAUUCUUUACUCGCAACUCUUGCAUUAUUGAAAAAGGCAUCCAUUUGGGAUUAUAAGCUAACAUCUCAAUUAUGUUUAAUAAAAGUUACAGAAAUUUUAACAGCAUAUUAUCAUGCUUUCAAAAACCAAAAUACAUCUCCGAUUGUUGAGUCUAAUGAAUUAGAAGCAAUGCAAUUUUUAAAUAACAUUCAAUUUACUCGAUCUUGUCUUGUUAAUUUAUUAUCAAAUAAUAAAAUCAAUCAAUUUCUCAAGAAUUAUUGUGAUUUUGACCAACCAAUUUUAGAUAAAUUUGAAUUAAUAAAAUCAUACCAAUAUGCUCCAAAUUAUUACAUUGAUUCCGUUUAUCAUGGCUUUGUAUAUCAAAAAGUAAGUUCGCAUUUAAAACAAAUUUGUGAAGAAUUUUUAAAAAUUGAUUACGAUUUAGGUUUCAACUCAUAUUUAUUUCAUCCAUUAAUUCAGCAUAAUAAUUUUUAA